GUCGCCGACUAGUCGCGAUAACCCGUUGCGUCUCUCUGUGUCGCCACCAAGUGCACACAAGUUAUUAGCGACCGAUAAUCCGUUUCUUUCAGCGCGUGUCAGAGACCGCCAUGGCUGGCAGCGCACCUCCGCAACUAGUGUUUUCGAACGAUGUCGCGCAUAUGGCCGAAUGGGCCAACCGUACACGAAUUCCUCUCACCAGCGCCGAUGCACUCGGCACGACCUACGCCCGCGCCCGCAAGUGGUUCUUGACGCUCAAAACUCAGCUAAUCCAGAAUCACGGCUUUCGUGAAAUUACGCCCGCCGACCCUCGCAUGCUCAUAUCUCUCGAAUGUCCCAGUCCAUACCGUUCCGCCGGCGGGCUUCCCCGGACUCCGAACUUUCGCCUGCAAAUUCCAGUCAACGCCUCUUCGUUCUUCUCACCCGAGCGCCAGCUCCAGUGGCAGAUGGUCUUUCACGGGGCCCUGUUCCCGGCGAUGCGGCACAACGUCCGCGCCAUCCAAGACCUUGUGAACAUGAUUCAAUGCCUGCUCACCGGCGUCCUUACCCUCGUCAAAGAGGACUCGGACCCCCGGGAAGGGUUCACUCGGACCGUUCGUGCAUUGCCGCCGCCCGAGUGGAUUCAGUCACACCAGGCGGACCUUGUGGAGAUUUUCGGUCCGGCGCACUACACGAAACUAUUUCGAGCCGCCGCGGACCCGACCAUAGCAUUCAAACUCGAGCGCCCGGAUCAUGACGAUCGUCUCCGUCGCUAGCCCGCGCCCGUCCACCUCUUUCCCGCACGCUGCCUCGCCUCACGCACGCUGCACGCCACGCGUCUCGGAACGUCCCGCCCGCCCCGCUGACUUAUGAGGCUCUCCUCAUGAAGCUCAAUAUUGCACCCCGCAUCGGCAUGCUUUAAUCUUAUUCACUCAUCGCGCUUCAUCGCUUUCUUCAUGCAUCUCGUCCCGCCCGCCCGUCCGCACGCAUACAUUACCGUUUCUAGAUCAUGCCGCACCCCGUAUUGUUCGCACCCAUUCGUCUUCGUCCACGCAUCGUACCUCUCCCGUAUCUUCGUCGUGUCCUAUAUUGAGCGGAUGCGCUCUCGGUAGUAUCCAGC